AUGGCACCAGGAAAAAGAGGUGGAGUUCGAGGCAAACGUUCCAAUCAUCACGUGCAACGGAAUUACGCUGAAAGACUAAAAGAUCUUAACUUGCAGUCCUCGGAAGAAAGUGAUUCAGAGAGCUCAAAUAAUUCACAGUGUUCCGAUAAUUCAGAUAAUGGAGAAGGCAGCGAAGCUGCAUUCCCUAUCUGCAUGUGGGAUUUAAACCAUUGUGAUCCAAAAAAGUGCUCUGGUAGAAAACUGUUAAGACAUAACCUAAUAAAAAAUUUAAAACUUGGACAACGGUUUCAAGGGCUUGUUUUAUCACCAGUGGGAAGUCAAUGUGUUAGCCCUAACGACAGAGAUAUUAUUGAAAAAUUUGGUCUUGCGGUGAUAGACUGUUCAUGGGCAAAGAUAGAUGAAACACCGUUUGGACGUAUGAAAUCGCCACAUCCAAGACUUCUUCCGUUUCUGGUAGCAGCGAACCCUAUUAACUAUGGAAAACCUUAUCAAUUGAGUUGUGUGGAAGCUUUAUCAGCUGCUAUGUUCAUCACGGGGCAUAAACAGGAGGCGAAGUACUAUUUAUCUAAAUUUUCAUGGGGACAUUCAUUUUUAGAGUUGAACUCAGAUGUAUUAGAUAUUUAUGGUGCUUGCUCUGAUAGCAAAAGUGUUAUAGAGGCACAAAACUCAUUUUUAGAAUCUGUAAAUAAAGAAAAUGUAGAUUCAAGACCUACUUGGCCUCCAACUGAUUCAGAUACAGAAUCUGAAGAUGAAAAAGUAUAA